GCCGCUGCUGCGCGCCGUCAUCAUGGGGCCGCCGGGCUCCGGGAAAGGCACCGUCUCCGCUCGGAUUAUCAAGCACUUCGGCGUGAAGCACCUCUCUAGCGGCGACCUGCUGAGGGACAACAUGCAGAGGAAGACAGGUUUUGUGCAAGACCGUAGAGCACCAGAAUCAUGCAAAAGGUUGUGUGAGAAGAGGAAAUUCCAAGUGGAAAUGUCAUAUUGCUUGAAUUGAGUUAUUAUCAUGUUCUUCUGGACAGCGGAGAGUCUGUGACCACCUCUCUAAUGCUAAGGCUUGUGGGCUUUUUCUCAUUUUCUGGACGUCAGAGAUAGUAUAAUGCAACUUUCACUUUUGCAGAAGUGGGAAUCCUUGCCAAGUCCUACAUUGACCAAGGGCAGCUUAUUCCGGAUCACAUCAUGACACAACUAAUGCUGAAUGAGAUAAAAGGUCUAGACCAGUACAACUGGCUAUUGGAUGGUUUCCCCAGAACCGUUGCUCAGGCAGAAGCCCUCGAUAAAGAAUGUCACAUAGACACUGUGAUUGACCUAGACGUGCCAUUUGAGACCAUAAAGUGUCGGCUUACAGCACGCUGGAUCCACCCUGCCAGUGGCAGAGUCUACAAUCUUGAAUUCAGUCCUCCCAAAGUGCAGGGCAUUGACGACAUCACUGGAGAGCCACUUGUUCAGCGUGAUGAUGACAAGCCAGAGACUGUCAGCAAGAGGCUUCAGGCUUAUGAUGCACAAACAAAACCUGUUCUAGAAUAUUAUCGGAAAAAAGGGUUAUUGAAAUCCUUUUCUGGAACAGAAACGAAUAAGAUCUGGCCACAUAUCUAUGCUUUCCUUCAAACCAAGUUGCCAGAUGUGAGCCAGAAAGAUGCUGCCAACCCCAGGUGAAAAUAGAUCAAACUUCUGCUCAUCUGUUACAGCUCACUCCUAAUUAUAUGAGAUUCUGCAAUCAAGGAUUUGUCCAAGUAGUCUACCAGACUUAUCAAUAAAUUAAGUCUAAUGCUGUUCUUAACUUACAUUAUGGUGAAAUUUUGUUGCCUGUGGUUACCACUUCAAUGCUGUAUUUUUUAUAUUAAAUAUACCUAAUUUUAAAAAUACAGUAACUGUCUUUAACAAAA